AUGCCUAUCAUAGCAACGGCUGAUUCCACCAUUGUAAAGCUCUCAAACAUCCGCGGCGCAAUCUUCGAUCUCGACGGCACGCUGAUCAGCACGCUCCAAGUAACCGAGCACGUCUACACGAAGCACAGCCAGAUCCACAACAUCGACCCGCUCCCAGUAAUCCACUUCUGCCACGGCAUCCCCACACUUCAAGUGCUCCAGGAAUUCUUCCCCGCCACCACCCACACACCCGAAUACGCCGAGCUCAUAGAGCGAGAGGCCGCGGAGAUGCUCGAGGGAAUCGAGGUUAUCCCUGGAUCGCGCGAGUUACUGGAAGCGCUCGGUGAUAAAUGGAGCAUUUUCACCUCGGGAAUGCCCUUUCUCGCCUUGCCCCGGAUGAAGGCCCUCGGGCUGCCGAUCCCCAAAGUGUUCGUUACGCCCGUGAACAUAGCCAACGGAAAGCCAAACCCCGAAGGAUACCUGCUGGCUGCCCAGCGCAUGCAGUGCGGAGAUGAUGCCGCAGACUGCGUGGUUUUCGAGGACGCCGCCGCCGGCAUCGCCGCUGGAAAAGCCGCAGGGGCGCUGGUCAUCGGCCUGCGCACACAGCUCUCCGCCAAGCAACUGAAAGCCGCCGGCGCCGCGUACACAAUCGAGGACAUGACCAAAGUCGCCGUUGGAUCAGGCGUAGACGGAGAUUGCUUGACUUUAUUUAUCGACGAGUCCUAG